UGUUUAUGUGCAAGUAGAACGUGGGUGGGUCGUGUCUGAUCCAGCGUUUUUUUAAUUAUCUUAUUACAAUCUUCGUAUAUUAUUUCUGACAAUAGCAUCCGCACAGUCUAUAUGGCCUCGUUGUCCUUACCAAGAGUAUUGACUCACAGGAAAACAAGCUUAGACUUGGAACGUGAACAAUUCCAAAAAUUUCAGCUCUACAUAUAGUGCAUGCUGUCAACAUACAUAACUUUUGAAGUAUCUUCAUAAAAUUCCAUUUAUAUGGGUGAGAAAAGAAUAGACGAAAAAUGAACUAUUUUUCACGCUGAUUAUUGUAACGCUGUAUUAUUAUUAUUAUUUUUAUUGUAAUCAUUUUACAUCCACUAACAUGCCGCCUAUACUUCCAUUAAAUGACAAACAGAUUCACCAAUUGAAUGUUAGCAUUGCGAAAGCGGUACAUCCGACUGAAACUCCUGUAAAAGUUAAACAUGUACGCAGUGCAAUUAUUGGCACGUAUCAAGAAAAAAGUGGGGCACUAUUUUGGAUGUUUAUAUUACGACAACCACUACAGGAAAAUCGUAUUGUAGCUUGGAAAUUUUGUCACGUUUUACAUAAAGUAUUACGUGAAGGCCAUCCGCAAGUUAUUCCUGAUUCUCAGCCCCAUCGUGGUAAACUUGAGGAUUUAGGAAAAUUAUGGCAACAUUUAAAAGACGGCUAUGGGCGUUUGAUACUUUUAUACAUUCGAUUGCUUAUUACGAAAUUAGAUUUUCACAAACGUAAUCCACGAUUGCCUGGAAAUUUACAAGUAACUGCAGAAGAAUUGGAAGCUAUUGGCGAAAAUGAUAUAAACGUCUAUUUUCAAAUGUCGGUGGAAAUGUUUGAUUACAUGGACGAUAUACUAAAUUUUCAACAAGCAGUUUUUGGCUCAUUGGAUUUAUCGCGAUCAAAUUCAAUGACCCCUUGUGGACAAUGCCGCCUUGCGCCUUUAAUACCUUGUGUUCAAGACGCAUCUCAAUUAUACGAUUAUUGUGUAAAAAUUUUAUUCAAACUCCACAAUGCACUACCGGCUGAUACUUUAGAGGGUCAUCGAGAUCGUUUCUCGAAACAAUUUCAUGAGUUGAAAAAUUUUUACAACACUAUCAAGCACAUGCAAUAUUUUAAACAUUUAAUUUCAAUACCAUCUUUGCCGGAGAAUCCACCGAAUUUCUUGAUACAAUCGGAGUUACGCAGUUACAUAACACAAGUGGUUGUUUUGCCUCCCGAGGAACAUUUAGAUAGCGAAACAACUGUCGACAGUUUAAUUGACACUUCAGAUACAAGUUCCUUGCCUGGGGAUCAAAUUGAUUCAACAUUAAAUGGCUCGAUUUCUCCGGAUGCUUUAGCAGAAAGAGACAGUCUUAUUGAUCAUCUUCAUCAGGAAAAUGGAAGACAGAGACAAGAGUUAUAUCGAUCACAUAACGAACAUCAGCAUAUUGUUUGUGAACUUAAAAAUCGAAUUUUAGAACUUGAAUCAGGACUUUCUACUAAAGGCAAUGAAAUUAUUCAAGAAAAGCAACAAACCCAAGAUCUAUUGAAACAAAAAGCAGAAAUAAUGACUAAAUUCCAAGAAUGUGAAGAAAAAAGUAAAAGUAUAAAUGAAAAAUUUCAAAAACUCAAGGAAGUAUAUUCAAAAUUACGAGAGGAACAUAUAUGUCUUAUACGAAAGAAAGCAGAAGUAGAUAAACAAUUAGGCAGUCUGAAAAUUAUGCAAGAACAAUCGGAUAGACGAACUGUUGAAGCUGAACAAAGAUUACAGGAAUUAAUUCAGGGACAAGCGACAUCCGAUCAGGAAGCACAAAGAGUUGCUCAAGCACGAGCAGAUUUAGACGAAGUGAGAAAGAAAUUCGACGAUGUACAAACUGAAAAUUUGGCUCUCAAUGCAAAAAUUGGCUUUAUAACAUCUGAGAAAGCGGCCUUGGAAGGCGAUCUUCAUGAUUUACUUGCACAAAAGGAAGAAUUGGACGUGAGAAUAAAUAAUCUGCAGGCAGAAUUUGAACGUUCCAACGCACAACUGAAAGCUGACGCUGAAAAUACUUUCUACGAAUUACUUUUGAAAUGUUUAUCCGAAGCGGAGACAAUGUUACAAAAUGCAAUGCACGCCAUUGAUAAUCCGGCAAUUUCUGCUGUUACUUGCACACCAGAUUAUCUUGCAACUCUAUUGGAUCCAACAAAAUUGUCAUUGAAAAAUUUAGACACAGCGUAUAAUAAUUACAUUGAGGAUGUGAAGACAAGAGGAGAAUUAAUUCGAAGUUCCAUUCAUACAGCUUUCAUAUUGUCCGUUUAUCUUAUUCAAGCUAAAGCCACGUCAAAUACAUCUACGGACAUCACUUUUGGUGACAGAAUUACUGACGAAUGUAAACAAUUAGGAUCCCAGAGUCUAAUGAUGUUUAGUUACAUUAAGGAGAUUAAAGACAAGGAUAAGUCUUCGACGACAAUUGAACAAAUAAAUAAAGUAACUGUUCAGUUGGAAAAAAUUGCCUCAUUAACAGCUUCAUUAUCAGAUCAAAAGAAAAGUAACGCAAGUGUUAUUGGAGAUUUGGUGGAAAAGGAACUUUUGACAAUGGAUAAAGCUAUUGAGGAAGCUGCUGCUAGAAUUAAGGAUAUGUUGGAUAAAUCACGUGCUGCAGAUUCCGGAGUUAAAUUGGAAGUAAAUGGAAAAAUUCUCGAUUCUUGCACGGAUUUGAUGAUGGCUAUUAGAACUUUAGUGAAGAAAUCUCGUUUUCUGCAAACGGAGAUCGUAGCACAAGGAAAGAGCACUUCAUCGACUACGGAAUUUUACAAAAGAAAUCAUCAGUGGUCUGAAGGUUUAAUUUCAGCAGCUAAAGCCAUAGCAAUGGGAGCCAAUUUCCUAUUGGAAGCUGCUGAUAAAGUUGUUUCUGGAAAUGGAAAGUUCGAACAAUUAGUUGUUGCAUCUCAGGGUAUUGCCGCCUCCACUGCACAGUUAGUCGUUGCCAGUAGAGUUAAGGCUGAUAGAAAUAGUAAUAAUUUGGCUGCACUGUCGGAAGCUUCGCGUGGAGUCACUCAAGCUACUGGAAGUGUUGUUGCAACGGCAAAAAGUUGCAGUCAACUCGUUGAGGAAAAUGAUGAUUUAGAUAUUUCCGGUUUGAGUUUACAUCAAGCGAAUAGAUUAGAAAUGGAGGCUCAAGUACGAGUUUUAGAGCUUGAAAAAGCUUUAGAAAGUGAAAGAUUAAAAUUGUCCGCUUUACGUCGCUAUCAUUAUCAAUUAGCCGGUGACAAUUGAAAGAAAUUAACAAAUUAUUUCGAUGCCCAAGAAAAGCAUUUAAAAAAGGUACACAUUUCAAUAAUUAUCGAAAGCCUUUUUUAUUUAUAUAUAUUUUUUUUAUUAAGUUGUAAUCAUUUUCCAAUUAGUACAUAUUAUACAUUUUUGAUAAUGUAUUUUUAAUCUUUAUUUUGAAGACUCGAUUAACUAAAUUACUAAUUUAGAUAUAUUAUAUACAUAAUAUACUUUAGUCCUUAUAAAUUAUUUUUGCUACAAUUAAAAUUUGGCUGAUAA